AGACCGACAAUGUUAGGCCGAGGAAAGGGCGGGAAGGGCCUAGGCAAGGGCGGGGCAGAGCGUCACAGCAAAGUCCUCCGUGACAACAUCCAGGGCAUCACCAAGCCGGCGAUCCGCCGCCUUGCCCGCCGAGGCGGAGUCAAGAGGAUCAGCGGGUUGAUUUAUGAGGAGACGAGGGGGGUUCUGAAAAUUUUCCUCGAGAACGUGAUCUGCGAUGCCGUGACGUACACCGAGCACGCCAGGAGGAAGACGGUGACGGCGAUGGACGUCAUUUACGCUUUGAAGAGGCAUGGCAGGACUUUGUACGGAUUUGGUGGUUGAAAGCCGAGUCCUUUUUUUCCUUUUUAAAUGGUGCUUUUGAUGUUGGUAGA